AUGUCUUUCCAUUCCGGGAGAGGAUGUCCCCGCGGUCAGGGGGGACCAGGAACAAGAACUUCAACACAGGCCUACCGCCCUCAGAACCUAAGGCAGCUUCACCCACAACAGCCCUCCGUACAAUACCAGUAUGACCAGCAAACUGCCCCUCCAACAACCUAUUCAAACCCUCCAGCCACUGGUUACAUGCCUCCCAGGCCAGACUUUGUGCCCUAUCCUCCUCCAGUGCCCCCUUCCACACAGAAUCCCAUCAGCCAGUGUCCCAUGAGGCCACCAUUUCCAAACCACCAGAUGAGGCAGAGCUUCCCAGUGCCUCCGUGCUUCCCUCCUGCUCCUCCACCAGUGCCAAAUCCUAGCAACACUCCUGUGCCAGGAACUCCUGCUGGGCAAAGCACCUUUCCUUACAUGAUGCCUCCUCCCGCAGUACCUCAUCCUCCCCCGCCACCAGUCAUGCCACAGCAGGUCAGUUACCAGCCUGUGUACUCCGCAGGGUAUUCACAGCAAUCGUUCCCACCACCUAACUUCAAUAGCUACCAGCACAACCCUGGCUCCUUUCAGAGCAGCACUACCAAUACCAGUGGCAGCAGUGGACAUUUUCGACACACAGGUCAGUACCAGGGAGAGAAGUUGCAAAGUGAUCGACGGUCUCCAGAGAGGAGUAAGCACUAUGAUGAGCACCGACAUCGUGAACACAGUCACAUCCAUGGUGACAGGCAUCGGUCCACUAAUCAUGGGGAUCGUCGGGAUCGAGGCCGGAGUCCAGAUAGGAGGAGGCAGGAAAGCAGUCGGCACCGGACAGAUUAUGACAGAGGGAGGAUAUCGCCUCAUCACAGAAGUUAUGAGCGUAACAGGGAGCGGGAGAGGGAGAGGCAUAGGCAUCGUGAUAGCAGAAGAUCACCGUCACCAGACAGAUCCUACAAAAAAGAUUACAAGAGAGCAGGAAGCCGGUCUCCAAGCAGAGAGAGAAAGAGACCCCGAUGGGAGGAGGACAGAGAAAGGUGGUCUGAGAAUCAGAGCUCCAGCAAAGAGAAAAAUUAUACCACUAUCAAGGACAAAGAAUCAGAGGAGAAUGCAUCUGAAAAAAACGAAGAGGAAGAUGAGGAAUUACUUAAGCCAGUCUGGGUUCGCUGUACCCAUUCUGAAAGCUAUUAUUCCAAUGACCCCAUGGAUCAAGUGGGGGACUCUACUGUGGUAGGAACAAGCAAGCUCCGAGAUCUGUAUGAAAAGUUUGACGAGGAGUUAGGAAAGCGGCAGGCAAAGGCCAAAGCAGCCAGGCCACCAUGGGAGCCACCAAAGACCAAGCUAGAUGAAGAUUUAGAGAGCUCCAGUGACUCAGACUGUGACUCUGAAGAUGACAGCAGCUGCUCUAGCAGUUCAGAUUCCGAAGUUUUUGACGUCAUUGCAGAAAUUAAGCGUAAAAAAGCACACCCUGAUCGUCUCCAUGAAGAACUGUGGUACAAUGAUCCUGGACAGAUGAAUGAUGGACCUUUGUGCAAGUGCAGUGCUAAAGCCCGACGAACAGGAAUAAGACAUGGCAUUUAUCCUGGUGAAGAGCCCAUUAAACCAUGUCGCCCCAUGACCAACAAUGCUGGAAGACUAUACCACUACCGAAUUACUGUGUCGCCUCCCACAAACUUCUUAACAGACAGACCUACUGUUAUUGAGUACGAUGACCAUGAAUAUAUCUUUGAGGGGUUCUCAAUGUUUGCACAUGCCCCACUAACAAACAUUCCUCUAUGUAAAGUAAUCAGAUUUAACAUUGACUAUACAAUUCAUUUCAUUGAGGAGAUGAUGCCUGAGAAUUUUUGUGUGAGAGGUCUUGAGCUGUUCUCUUCGUAUCUAUUCAAAGAUAUUUUAGAGCUCUAUGACUGGAAUCUUAAAGGUCCUUCACUUGAAAAUGAUCCUGUUUCCUGCCCCAGAUUUCAUUUCAUGCCGCGAUUUGUGAGAUUUCUUCCAGAUGGAGGAAAAGAAGUACUCUCAAUGCAUCAGAUUCUUCUCUACUUGUUACGAUGCAAUAAAGCUCUGGUGCCUGAAGAGGAGAUUGCCAACAUGCUUCAGUGGGAAGAACUAGAAUGGCAGAAAUAUGCAGAAGAAUGCAAAGGGAUGAUCGUUACCAGCCCUGGCAUGAAACCCAGCUCAGUUCGUAUUGAUCAACUGGACCGCGAACAGUUCAAUCCUGAUGUAAUUACUUUCCCCAUUAUUGUCCACUUUGGGAUACGACCUGCUCAACUCAGUUAUGCUGGAGAUCCUCAAUACCAAAAGCUGUGGAAGAGUUAUGUGAAGCUGCGUCACCUGCUGGCUAAUAGUCCCAAAGUCAAACAGGCUGAUAAACAGAAAUUAUCACAAAGAGAGGAAGCACUGCAGAAAAUUCGUCAGAAGAACACAAUGAGACGUGAAGUGACUGUCGAGUUGAGUAGCCAGGGAUUCUGGAAAACAGGGAUACGCUCUGAUGUCUGCCAGCACGCAAUGAUGCUUCCUGUCCUCACUCACCAUGUCCGCUACCAUCAGUGUCUGAUGCAUUUGGACAAGUUGAUAGGCUACACUUUUCGAGAUAGGUGCUUGCUGCAGCUUGCCAUGACUCAUCCAAGCCAUCACUUAAACUUUGGAAUGAAUCCGGACCAUGCUAGAAAUUCCUUAUCCAACUGUGGGAUUAGACAGCCAAAGUAUGGAGAUAGAAAAGUUCACCAUAUGCACAUGAGAAAAAAAGGCAUAAACACCCUGAUAAAUAUUAUGUCCCGUUUGGGGCAGGACGAUCCAGCUCCUUCCAGGAUUAACCACAACGAGCGUUUAGAAUUUCUGGGAGAUGCAGUGGUGGAAUUCUUAACAAGUGUCCACUUGUACUACCUGUUUCCCACUCUGGAGGAGGGAGGAUUAGCUACAUACCGCACUGCUAUCGUACAGAACCAACACCUGGCCAUGUUGGCUAAGAAGCUGGAACUAGAUCGAUUUAUGCUUUAUGCUCAUGGUCCAGACCUUUGCAGGGAGUCGGAUCUUCGCCACGCCAUGGCCAACUGCUUUGAAGCCCUGAUAG